AAACAAAAACUACAAACCUCCUUUGGCCACGUGAGCGUGCGUGCGCUGCUCGCGCACGCGGGCUCGGGUCGCGCGCCCCAACGAGCCCAAAGUGUCCACGCGCUCCGCCGUCGCCUCAACCGGCAGCUGAUUUUUCUCCAGCACCUCAUUUGAAAACUUGUCUGCAGCAGCCUCACACACUUGCAGGAUGUGUGGCACGGAUGUUGACCUGGACGACGAAGGCUCAGUCGAGGAGGAGAGGGAGGAAGACUUGUGGAUGGGCGAGCGAGUGAAGAUGCUGCCCCCUCCUGUGGCCCACAGCCAGAGUUCCGCGUGGGGCAGCCGGAGGAGCGGGUCGGGCUGCGUGGUGUGCGGGGCGGCUCUGGUCCUUUGGAACGUGUGUGUGCUCCUGGCUGGUGCUCUGCUCCUGACGCUGAUCUUCUCCUUGGUGCUGCUGCCCGCAGUGGUGCUGCUCUACGUUGGAUUCCUGUGCCAUUCCAGGAUCCUGGACAGCUCGUCGGGCAUCUGCAAUUACCUUGACGACAACAGCUGCUCGGCCCUCAUCAUCCUGGGCUUUGUAAUGAUGUCGCCGCUCGUGGUUGUGGCGGCGGCGGUCUUCUGCGGCCUGCUGCGAAGGUUUCGACUCCUGCUUCUCAUUCAGCCAAUCAGUCGCGCACGGUACAGAGGGAGGCUAAUGGACUGGGUGGGCAGCGUCCACGCUUGGGUCUGAUUGCUGCAUUGAGGUGGUGGGGGGAAAAAAAAGGCCUGGCAUGUUGAGUCUAAAGUAGCCUUUUCUUACCUCAUACAUUCCCAACCUUUACUGAGCUAAGGCACAUGCUUUACAGUAAACACAAAAAGCAUAGCUUAAAUUGUUUCGUGGCCACACUUGUAACCCAAAACACCUGUACCUCAAAUUAAAUCAACUUUCCAUUGAAAAGAAUGGAAACGACAUUAAUCUGUUCCACCCCCCACCCCCAAAAUUUUACAAAAAUGUUUGGAAUGUUUUUUAAGAUGAAAAAUGGGACUCUAUAAUAUAUUACUUGGUAACAACAUCCAAAGUUAGCAUAAGUAAGUAGAAUGUAAAGAAUUAAAGAGUUUGUGGGUCAUGAAUAAUUUAUUGGGGCUCUUUCGGGUGUGCGUGACUUGGCCAGCUGGGGGCAGUCUAAUACAGUGAGGCAGACACACGCGAAGAAGACUUUCACAACAACUCUAAGCAGCACUAUUAGUUGUUUUUUUGCAGAGGAUAAAGAAUAUAUGCGUGCGAAUAUUGUUAUAUUGUCUGUCUAUAUGUGUUGCUGCACCAUUUGUGUUCAAAUAUCUGUGUUUUUUUUGAAGUGUUAUAACACUGCCACAUAGAUGUUAUUUGUUAGCCUCGCUAUGACUUUCCCUGUUCCCAUUAAGCUAGCAGACUUUGAGGCAAGGUUAUGUGUUUGUUUUAACUACACAAGAUGUCAUUGUUUACUGUUUAGAUUGACAGCAAACUUCUCAUGUCUCACAAAACACACAAUUCGAGUCACUCAUAUCCCAAGUCACCACUGAAUACUGAAAUAAUGAUGAUCUCGUCUCAAUGGACUCCCAAAUUGACUUACUCAGUGUGAAAUGUGGGCCUGUUUAGUUGAACAUAACGCUACUAUUGUAUUGUAAAUACAAUACAAUAAUACAAUAAAAUUGUAAGUGGAAGGACAAUUAACUGUUCUAUGUCGCUGACAAAGAUAGAUGAACAGAGGCACAAAUAUGACUAUAGGUGUUGAUUGACACUGUCAGAUAUUGUUUGACAUUUUAUUGUUGUUGUUUUUUUUUGCUGUGGUUGUAGAUUGCUGUGGUGUAGAACUGCAAGAGUAAUUUAGCUACAUGAAAGUGUCAGUAUAUUACAAAUGCUCGCUUUUUCUUCAGCUUUUUGUGACCUUUAGUGGAAUAUUUAUUCCAAUGUUGUUCAGAGAAGAAAAAAGGCUCAAAGUUACAUUGAAAUCAGCAAAACUGCAGUGUCACUUGUUUUUAGAGGAUUGUUUUAUUGUUGUGUUCAGUGUUUUUUUAUUUUUACAUUUUUUUUUAGGUGGUUUGUUUUUCAUGUACAAAAUCACCUAAUGUAGCCUUUUUAGUAGUCAUGCCUUGUACUGUAUGAGGGAGGCUCUAAAGAUACAUAGUACAACCACAAUUAGAAAACAAAAGUUGCCAAUAUGAUAGUGAGUGUAAUGGCUGUUUAGUGGGAGCCUAGUGCUUAAGUUUAAAUUUGUGUUUAAAUUUGAUCUUCAGAUUGUUAUGCUUCAUUCUGCCGUCGAGUCGUUUACUUUAAUGUUAUUGUUAUCUAGGAGGUAUACAAGAACCAGAAUGACUGUAAUUACUGUAUGCUGUACAGAUACGGUAAAAUGUCUGACGAUUUUAAAUUGUACUUAUUAUUUUAGUACCAGGAGUGGAAAAUCAUUUUUUGCUUAUUGCUUGUGCCAAACCACACAAACACACAUCGCCAUAGUGAGUAUUCCCAUUAAUAAAGAUAUACUCUGCAGUAUUUUUUUUUGUAAUGUGACCUUUUCCCCCUAUAAAAAUGUUAGUUGAUUAAAUCCAAUUGAGUGAUUGCUUUACAUUUAACUCAGACAACACACACUCAAAAAAGACAAUGUGGGUCCACUAUGUUCUCAUUACUGUAAUCAAUUUGAACAAUAUACCCGCAUGCGCAGAACAAGUGAGAUAAUCAGCUAAUCAGGAUGAAAUGGCCUACGUCCAUCGUGGUGAUGUUUAUGGGCCCCUUAAUCAGAUGAGCUUUGUUCUUAUUGACAAAUACAUCAUUUAGAACGAUUACCACAUUGCACUGCGGCCAUGUUAGCAUAAUAAUAAGCUUGACAUGUUCAAUGUAGAACUUUAUUGUUGAUCAAAAUUAUAUGGCGUCGGACAAUAUUGCGCUGACAUGUAAUUGGGUUUGGCAUUGAAAAUGCCCCGUCAGAGAGAAAGUUGUUUAUAUUCAUCCACAUCAUUAGGUACACCUGCUCAAUCGAAUAACAUCCAAGUCAAGCUCUGUCGUGGAAAAAAAACAAAUGUAACACUGUAAAAUUAUUUAAAAACAUAACCUUUAAUAGUGUAGAACUGCAUGUUCAGAGAAAUAUAAUGUAUAAAUCAAUAGGAACCUUUCCCAGUUAGAGACAGUUACAAAUUAAUUUUUUUUUUUCGCGGUCCAACCGAAUGAUUAAAAUAAAAAAACAAGUACCCGUAAAGGCGACGUUUGCAAUUUUCAAAGAAAUCACUUGUCCCCUUGUUUAUUGCAGGGGUUCCGUUCUGGAGUAAAAGUCAUUCAAAAGUGGUUAGAAUGUUUAUUGUUUUGAGUUAUUCAAAUUAGAUGUUUAUUUUGUUUUGUUUAUUACAUUAGUAGUGUAGUUAGAGCUGUGUGUUGGCUAUUGAGCGAAGUUUGCAUGGCCUCAAGCUGCUACGCCCAUUUAAAGACUUCCUGGUAACAUGCAUCUCAUUUUCAUGACUUCCCCCCUAGAAGUAUUCCUACUGCAUCAGGCAGGACUAUUCUUCUGCUUUAUGCUCCGUGGUUAAGGCAUUACAUCAACGAAAAAACAUUUCUGGUUUGAUUUUGUGGUAACGAGUAACGAAGAUGGUUCGGGGAAAUAUAUCGGAGUAAUACAUUUUAAUUAGGAAAGGGCGAAAAGUGAAAGUUUCCAGAAAUAUAAAUAACAAAGUACAGCUAUGUGAAAAUUCUACUUAAGUGCAGUGACAAAGUAUUUGGAUGUUACACUGCAAGACUGUAUUUGUUACCAAAGCUGUGGACCAAGCAACAAAAGAAAAACUAGUUCAGUACUGUGCCCGUCUGAAUAUGAAACAACCCUUUAAAGAACACACUGACAAUUUACCAGCCCACGCAUUUUCACUAGAACAAUGUUCCAACUUGAAGUGACUGAAAUAAUGGCUGCUCCUGUAUGCGCGUGUUAAGUGUGUCAAGUGUGUACGUUAAUAUGAGGCGAACGCGUCACAGCCGCGCUGAGUCAAAAGGAUAUUUCCAUUUGAAGAACAAUGUUCAAUAUGGAUGGAAUAAUCGCAGCGUAUGAAACAGACUGCAUUGCUUCAAUUUUGAUUGU